UCCGUCUUCUCUCUCUCUCUCUCUCACAGCUACUCUCUGUGUAUGCUCACUCAAUCGCUCAUCUCUUCUUCCGUUUCUUCUUCAUCUUUCUGAUCUGCUAAUUGUACAGGCCAUACAAAAUUGGGUGACUACCGCUUGAAUUGUGAUGUCUGCGCCGCUGCUCGGCAUAGGCGAGGAAGAAGGUAAAACCAAUGCUACUUUGCUGGUUUCCUCAACUGCGGCUGAAAAUGGACUCCUCAAUGCCACAGAGUUAAAAGAACGCAACUAUAUGGGAUUAUCUGAUUCUUCUUCUGUGGACAGCUCAGUCCUGUCCUUCUCAGAUGAGACUAAAAGUAACCUAAACCUAAAAGCCACAGAGCUGAGGCUUGGCCUUCCAGGAUCUCAGUCUCCUGACCGGGACUCAGAUCUCUGCUUGAGAAGCUCAGCUCAGCUGAAUGAGAAACCCUUGUUUCCAUUGCGCCCAUUGACUGAUGAUCACCACUCUUCAACAAAGACUGCUGUUUUGGGCAGCAAGAGAGGGUUCUCAGAUGCCAUGAAUGGUUUCUCAGAGGCAAAAUUUCUUGCUGAUUCAGAGGCCAAUAAUGUACUGUCCCCCAGGCCUUCUCAUAACAUGGGAUUGAAAACUAGUGGUGUGCUUGAGAAUCUCGGGGCUCAAGCCAAAGCCAAAGAAGUAACACCAACAAAGGCAAAACUUGAGAGGCCUCAUUCUGUCAAGGAAACUAGAGCAAACCUCGAAGGUUCUGCCAAUAACAAUAGCAAUGCACCAGCUACCAAGGCCCAAGUUGUGGGUUGGCCUCCUAUAAGAUCAUUCAGGAAGAAUUCACUGGCUACUACUUCAAAGAAUACUGAAGAAGGAGAUGGAAAAGCAGGAUCUGGUGCGCUGUUCAUCAAAGUCAGUAUGGAUGGUGCUCCAUAUUUAAGGAAGGUAGAUUUGAAGAACUACUCCGCAUAUCCAGAACUUUCAUCUGCACUGGAGAAGAUGUUCAGCUGUUUUACCAUAGGUCAAUAUGGCUCUCAUGGAACUCUAGGCAGGGAGAUUUUAAAUGAAAGCAAGCUGAAGGAUCUGCUUCAUGGGUCUGAAUAUGUUCUAACCUAUGAGGACAAAGAGGGGGACUGGAUGCUUGUGGGUGAUGUUCCGUGGGAGAUGUUCAUUGAUACAUGCAGGAGGCUGAGGAUCAUGAAAAGUUCCGAUGCCAUUGGUCUUGCUCCAAGGGCUGUGGAAAAAAGCAAGAGUAGGAGCUAGGCAGCCUCACUCAUCACGUUCUAUCCAACUGUCUUUCUGAUUGAAAGCUUCAAACUAGGCGGUAAAGCGAACAAGGACAUGAAUCGGAUUUGCAUCAAGCUGCCUUACUUAUUCCUAUUUACUGUUUGUGUGUUUCCUAUUGUCAUGCCAUUUAUGUUCAGUAACUUUUUGAUUCAAGACUGUCCGACACGUUAUGAAACCCCCCGCAAGACAUUUAUUAUGGGAGUGCUUAUGUUGUUAUAUCCUACGUGCCUAAGUUCCUGAUGUGAGAUGCAGGAAUCUCUAGUAUGUAAAUUGCAUUGUUGCUUCGACACG